GAAGACACACGCAUGCACACGAAAACACACACCAUCCAGCAACAGAUAGCUCAGUGAAGUGAUCGAGUGUAGACCAGUGCAAGGUUAGCUACUGACGCAAAGGAGGACUUUACUGUGACUGUGGGAGGCAGCUAACUGGAAAAAUGUCUAACAACCUGAUCGAUAUGGAAGAGACCGUGACCCACACAGGUCCAAAAGGAGUCAUCAAUGACUGGCGGAGGUUUAAGUUGGAAAGUAUGGACCAGCAAAACUUGCCUCCUGCAAAGAGGGAACUGCUGAGACAGAUGUCGUCACCCAGCAAGUCAAGAGAUGACACCAGAGCAAACCUGAACCGCAAGAUGAGCGUCCAGGAGUAUGAACUGCUGAAGGAGGAGGACGAAGGAUGUCUUAAGAAGUACAGAAGACGAUGUAUGCAAGAGAUGCAUGACAAGCUCAGCUUUGGGCCCAAGUUUGAAGGUGUGCAUGACCUGGACAGUGGGGAGGCCUUCCUGGAAGUCAUUGAGAAAGAGCAUCACACCACAGUAGUGGUUGUCCACAUUUACAAGAUCGGGAUCAAAGGUUGUGAGGAGCUCAACAACUGCUUUGACUGCUUGGCCACUGAGUACCCCACCGUAAAGUUCUGCAGGAUUGACGCUGUCGCAUCUGGUGCUGCCGAGCGUUUCUCGGAUGAAUUUUUGCCUACACUGCUGGUGUACAAGGCUGGAGAGCUACUAGGGAACUUCCUAGCCUGCACACAGCAUUUAAAUGAGGAGUUCUUUGCCACCGACGUUGAGGCCUUCCUCAACAGCUAUGGCCUGCUGCCGGAGAAAGAGCUGCCCGGGAUGGAUGAUGAAGAAGAAAAUGAUAUAGAGUAAACAAAGAGGCCGUGUCACGUCCUGGAAAGAGAUCUAAUCAAGACAAUUUAUCAAAUAAGACAAGUUACCCUUUCGGUCUUCAGCAAAUAGGAAAACCAUAACAUCUCCACUAGCUCACUAGUGAUUGAGAAUCAUUCUCUGAAAGAGAAAUUUUACAUCCAUUUGAUGAAGAAUCCGGAGUGUCCCACAUAUGGGUGCUUCUGUUUAUGGGUUUGGGUUACAGUAAGGUGAGGAGAUACAGCUUAUAUUUUAUACUGGCCACAUGGAACUAUAAUUGCAUUGUUUUAUUUUGAAAUGUUAGUAUUGCAUAUUGUAUGUACUUAUAAAAAAGUUUAUUCAUAGUAUUUUGUAGCAUUUAAUUUAAUCUGAGCACAAGUUAUUUAUAAAAACCAGCGUUAACACAGCUGACACACCCAAAUGUUCUACAUUAUUAAACACUUGAGUAUCUGAUGUUUAGGUGGUAUUCAGCCAAAAUUUGUAAAAACCUUUAGAGCGCUUAACUGAACAGCAACUCUUAGACUUAAGAGGCCAAAGCACUUUUAAUGUGGAAAUCUUUUUGUGUAAACAUGUCCUCGAACAUAGAACUUAACCUGAUUCUUAAGCCAAUGUGGUGGGAAGUGAGUAUUGUGUCUGAAAAAAAACAUUCAUGAGGUUUAUUUUCAUCAAUAAAAUGUAAACAACAAGGAGUUCA